AUGAGAGAAGUUAUCAGCGUUAAUGUCGGUCAAGCUGGUUGCCAGAUUGGUAAUGCCUGUUGGGAGCUCUACUCGCUGGAACACGGUAUCAGACCAGAUGGCUAUUUGGAAGAGGGCCUAACAAAGCCCAGAGGUGGCGAGGAAGGGUUUUCCACUUUCUUCAACGAAACCGGAUCGGGCAAAUUUGUGCCUCGUGCUCUAUAUGUCGAUUUGGAACCUAAUGUGAUCGACGAAGUCCGCACAGGUCCAUACAGAGAGCUGUUUCAUCCUGAACAACUUAUAAGUGGGAAAGAAGACGCAGCGAAUAAUUACGCGCGUGGUCAUUACACAGUAGGUAGAGAAUUGUUGGAUGACAUUCUAGACAGGAUUCGGAAGAUUUCGGACCAGUGCGAUGGUCUGCAGGGUUUCCUGUUUACGCACUCUCUAGGUGGUGGUACUGGUUCUGGUUUGGGUUCCCUACUCUUGGAACAAUUGUCUAUUGAUUACGGCAAAAAAUCCAAGCUUGAGUUUGCCGUUUACCCUGCUCCGCAAGUUUCCACCUCCGUUGUGGAGCCUUACAACACAGUGCUAACGACACAUACCACUUUGGAGCACGCCGACUGUACCUUCAUGGUAGACAACGAGGCCAUCUACGAUAUGUGCAAGAAGAACUUGGACAUUUCUAGGCCAAGCCUAUCAAACUUGAACAAUCUAAUUGCUCAAGUAGUGUCAUCGGUGACUGCGUCGCUAAGGUUUGACGGGUCUUUGAACGUAGAUUUGAACGAAUUUCAGACCAAUUUGGUACCAUACCCAAGAAUUCACUUUCCUCUCGUUUCUUAUGCACCAAUCUUAUCAAAGAGUAAAGCUCAUCACGAAUCCAACGCUGUUUCCGAGAUCACCAACGCCUGCUUCGAACCCGGAAACCAAAUGGUCAAAUGUGACCCCAGAUCUGGUAAAUAUAUGGCCACUUGCUUGCUGUAUAGGGGUGACGUGGUUACUAGAGAUGUGCAAAACGCAGUUGCGCAGGUUAAAAACAAGAGAACGGUUCAGCUGGUCGACUGGUGCCCCACUGGGUUCAAGAUCGGUAUUUGCUACGAACCUCCUACUGCCACUCCACAGUCGCAGCUCUCUUCAGUGAACAGAGCUGUUUGUAUGCUAUCCAAUACCACUGCCAUUGCUGACGCUUGGAAGAGAAUUGACAGGAAGUUUGACCUGAUGUACUCCAAGCGCGCCUUUGUACAUUGGUACGUGGGUGAAGGUAUGGAAGAAGGUGAAUUCACAGAAGCUAGAGAGGAUCUGGCCGCUUUGGAGAGAGACUACAUCGAGGUAGGCGCUGACUCUUACGCUGACGAGGAAGAGUUCUAA